CCUUCCACAAUUUUGCUCUAUCCCAUGGAGAUCCACCUCUCAUAGGAAGCAUUCUUCUCACUGCUCCAGGUCUAUUCCACCACCGCUUCUAUUCUUCUCAGCCUUCCGCGCUGAUAAUCCCUGGUCCUCCAAAUAUUAAUCCCAAUUUUACGAGAGAACUUCUUGCAAGGCUCUGAAGGAGCGGAACGACUGUGACAAUCCUCAGGAGUAUUGUUCGAGGACAGGAGCAAAAAAAGCCUAACAAACAUAGUUAUCAACCAAAGAAGUUUGAGAUUCCAGAGAAUUGUGGGUAAACAGAUCAGAUAUAAUUUGCACCCUGCAGGCCAACAUUGGAAAUGGGUUCCAGAGAGAACAAAGAAGCUUUAUUGGGAUCAGUUUAAGAGGUUAGUUACUUGGGAUCCCGAGCUGCUGUUGAUGUAGCUACACAGGAGUUGAGGGCCACAGGCAAAGAAAUAAAUCCUGUGAAGAUGUAUGGUACUUAUCACCCAGACAAAAGGAAGAAUGGAGAGCUUAUUACUUGUGCUUCACACGAUGUGAUAAAGGAGGCUUUGAGUAAAUUGUACGAUGUUUGUCAAGAUGAUAGCCCACAACAAUCUGAACCUUCAAGUCAAGAGGAAAGCUCUACAACACCUAAUAUCUCUUCAGCUAAGUUAUCUUCAAGAUACUUGGAAAUCGUUGGGUGCAACAAGAAAAGAGUUCUUGGAACGGGCAGUUAUUCAAAGGCUUUCCUUCAUCGAGUAAGUGUUUGUAAUGCAGAACACUCGUCUUCAUCAAGAGCUCGUCGGUUGCAUGAUUUUUGUGUUUUUUGGGAUGCACGCAUGAGGGAGUUCUUAAUUUCAGAAGGUGAUCAACUCCCCCCUGAAAUGCCAAUUGUGGAUGACAUUAUUCAAGACAAGGAACCCGACUCACAGCCCAAGAACUUUGAACAAACGUGGCUGCCAUUUUUGAAAUCAAUGGGGAUCGAUGCACCAAGUUUCUUUGCCACAUCAGAAUCCUCUAAAGACUCCAUGGACUCUCUUGAUGAAUAACUCUCUCAUUAGAUUUGUGUUAAGUUUGAU